AUGAAAGCACGCGUUUUCGUUGUCGAUCUCCAUCUCGUCUUCGUACUCAACUCAGAACACAUCAAAAUAUUUAGUUUGAUUUUUCAUUUCGACACGAAUUGGAAAAAUAAAAAUAAAAAAAAAAUAGUAAAAAAAAGUAAUAAUUUUAAUUGAAAUUUUUUCCUCUCUCGAUGCAAAAUAAUAUCGCGAUAGAACAGUUGUUUUUAGCUCAAAUUUGGCGAACAAUUCAAAGACUAUAGUGUAAUUACCGAAACAGAAUCGAGCAUUUAUUCGCUCAGAAUAUAUGUGUUUUUGUGUGUGAAUAAAUAAAUUUGUAAAUAUGACAUAAAAAUAUGCAAAUAUUCACAUAAUAUAAAUCGAGAAAAAAGAAACAAUUUUACAACAAUUCGAACGACACAACAAAUUUGGUGCACUUACUUGCAUAAUAACAGUUUAAGUGGAUUCAGUGUCAUCGUCAGCAGCUAAAAGCAGCGUAAAGCAAUAAUCGAGCCGAACUAUGAAUGUGUGCCAAUAAACAAGAGGAUUAGAUGAAAAGCCGAUCAAUUAAGUGUCAUUUAAGCAAUCAGAGAAAAAUUGAGCAAAUUAAUUAAAUCAAAAUAUCAAAUAUAAAAUAUUAAUAUUGUGGAGCGCAUCGGCGUGUACCACAAGUAGUUAUUCAUUCGUAUGGAUGGAGGAAGUGUACCAACGUUUCCGAAUGCCAAUUCGGCACACCAACAGCAGCAAGCGCCAUCAGAUAUAUCCAGAAUUGGCAAUGGUCUCGAUCGAUUGAAAAAACGUAUUGGGGGCUAUCGUCAACAUCACACAGUAUGUGGCCCACGGUUCGAACAAACGUUCACCGGAACAUGCGAACAGCAGAGCCAAGAAACAGUGAAUCUACAAAAGCGCUAUUUGGAAAACAAAGCAAAAAAAGCUGCCAAGAAAGCUGAUAAAAAGCAACCAGAAAAUGCAUCUUUCGCUGGAAAUUUACAAAGCAGCGUUCACGUUCAACAAAAAUUCCUGAAACGAUCGUUAGACGACACGGAAAAUGUUACAGAUAAUUAUGAGCCACCCCACAAAUUAUCACAUACGAAUAGUGAAAAUUUGAAAUUUUCCGUCGAAAUUGUGCAACAGUUAGAGUUUACGACAUCAGCUGCAAAUUCACAGGCGCAACAAAUUAGCACAAAUGUUACGGUAAAAGCAUUGACGAAUGCAUCGGUAAAAAGUGAUGGUACACAACAUGGAAAUAAUAAUGGCGGUGUCAUUCUUCAUAGUCAUGCGAAUAGUCAACAUGACGGAAAUUGUGUACCAAAUGUAAAUGGUCAACAAACUGCUUCGCCUGCAUCGCAAACUGAUUUGGCUAAUAAUUUGAUUGAAUGUAAACAAGAGCCCGGCUGCUCUGAUUUUGCCGAUUUGGAUCAAUGUGUUGCCGCAUUGGAAAAAGAUGCAGCAACCAAUGGUCAUUUUCCUGGUUUUACGGAUCUCAUUGACACUGAUACAAUCGACAAAAGCGAUACAUUCAAAGACAUUAUUUCUGAUCUCACCUCUGAUAUUACUAAUUCCGAUUUUCUUAAAAUGGAUAUCAAAACGGAGGACUGUAAUCCCGAUCAAUUGGGAUUGGACAGUUUCAAUGUGAAACCACCAAAUACGUCACAUAUUCCAUUUCAACAACAAAACCAUCAAUCACAGCAACAGCAGCAGCAACAACAACAACAGCAGCAACAACUUCAUCAACGUAACGCAUACAAUACAUUGGCUUCCAAUACGUGUAACGUUACGAAUAAUCCAAUGUGCGAAUUAUCACCGGCACAAACACUUAAGCAAAUGGCUGAACAGCAUCAGCAACAUAAAAAUAUGGGAAUGCCUUUUGUUCGAUCGCCAAUGGCAAAUAAUCCGGGUCCACAGCAGCAAGUGAAUCCAAAUCGAAAUAAUAUUGUGAAUUCUGGGCCGUUUGGCAAUGAUUUUAGUCAAUUUAAUAACUCCGAUUUUAUAAAUAAUUCAACGGGGAAUAAUUCGCAAUUUGAAUUAGCCGCCAAACAAGAGAUGAUGUUUUCACAACAACAAACACACCACAUGCCACCGCAAAUGCAAUCGAAACUCAAUCCAAAUGCAUUCAAUAAACAACAAUUUCCAUAUAAUUCACCAAAUUCAAUAGCACCAAAUUUUAUGGGUCGUAAUCCACAUACAGCGAACAACUUACCACCACGACAGCCACCGAAUGCUGGCAAACCCAAUGUGAAUGUGAACAAUGGCGCCGGCAACUGUAAUCCAAUGCCAAACAAUCAGUCGACGACCACAUUGCAAAUGAAACAAACGCAACAAUUGCAUAUCAAUCAGCAUGGUCCAAAUUCACCUGGCAUUCACGUUUCGGCUGGACAACAUAUGCAUUUAAGUGGUGAUAUGAAAAAUAAUGUGUCCGUUGCAGCUCAACAAGGUAUUUUCUUCAAUCAACAGCACGCAAACAAAGCACAACCACCACAAAAUAUGAACGCGGGCCCCGGAUGCAAUACAAAUACAAGCAAUAUGAAUACAAAUCAACAGCCUCACGUACAGCAACCAAAUAAUAAUCCUCAAAAUGCAGCCAAUGACUCGUAUUCCAUUUCACAAACGCAAACAAUCAAUUUCACCCAACAAACUCUUCGCCAAAGACAAGCGCAACAGUCAACGAAUCAACAAGCGCCACCGUCACAAUCACAACAACAUACACAAAUGGGCAUGCAAAUGAAUAUGACGACCCAGAAUUCAGUCAAUUUACCUCAAUCUAUGGCACAAAAUGCAGCCAAUGCUGGCGGUAAUCCUAUUCAAAAUAUGACAGCCAUGAGUAAUCCAAUGGGAGUGAAUAUGAAUGCGCAUGGUUCUAUGAUGUCUUCGACAGCAGUUAUGCAACAGCAGCAACAACAGCAACAACAACAUCAACAACAUCAACAACGGCAACAGCAACUAAUGCGAGCACAAGCCAUGCAAAUGGGAAAUCGACAAGGAAAUCGACCACCCCCCCCAGAAUAUAAAGGAAUGUUACCGAAUCAAAUGAUGCACCAAUCAAAUCGUGGUUUUCCAAAUAAUGCCGCCGCCGCUGCUGCUGCUGCAAAUAUGCGACGAAUGAAUCAACAACAUAUGCCAAAUGCAGGUGCUAUGAUGAGACCACAACAUCAAAUGUUUAUGCAACAGCAUGGUAAUCAACAGCGCAUGCAAACACAAUUCGGUCAUAUGAACCAGCGUCAACAAUCUAAUGUUCAUUCGAUGCCCGAUAAAAUGACCAAUCCCGAUUGGCGUCAAGCCAUCAUGUCACAACAGCAAAGCAUUAAUUUUAAUGAUAACGGAAAUAGCUUGGAAUUUUUAGACAAUUUACCCGUGGGAGAUGCAAGUAACUAUGCACAAGACUUACUUAGUUCACUCGAUAAUGAAAGUUUCAAUUUCUCCGAUAUUCUGCCUUGAAGCAAUUACUUGGAGACGUGAAUUGUAAAUUAAAAUUAUUAUUAUUAUUAUU